GUUGUUGUCGUGCAUGUUCACAGUGAAUUUUCUGCAAGCGGACGGGCAAUUUUAUUUAUUCACAAAUCUUUCUCUCGUCUAAACUCCAAGCCAAACGAUUUUGCGUUCAUACGCAAAACCCGAUGCCAAAUGAGUUUUACAAAUGAAUAUUGAUUUGUUUGAGUAAGUAAAUGCAACAGAAACACGCUAAUGUGCUAAUUAGCUAACUUCCUCAGAAUAAAUACAUUUGACCAUUUGGCUUUACUGGACGUUGCUUGUACAUAUACACGAAAUGCUUUCCAUACGUUUACAACGCGUUUAAUGGACUAAAGCAGCUCUGUUCGCCUUCGUGUUGAGCAAUCUGUCCAUCUAAUCCCACUGCGUUAAGAAGCUCAGUGUGUGCCGGAGUCUGAGGAUGAUGGAGGCAGGAGGUUUUUCUGAUUUAGAUCAGGAAAAAUAUGACGCCGACGAGCAGGUCAAAAUCAUCUGCCUCGGAGACAGCGCUGUGGGCAAAUCCAAACUUAUGGAGAGAUUCCUUAUGGAUGGAUAUCGGCCUCAGCAGCUGUCCACCUAUGCUUUGACUCUGUACAAAUACACCACCACUAUCAAUGGAAAAACUAUACUCGUGGAUUUCUGGGAUACGGCAGGACAGGAACGUUUUCGAAGCAUGCACCCCUCGUACUACCAUAAGGCUCAUGCUUGUAUUAUGGUGUUUGAUGUCCAGAGAAAAAUAACAUAUAAGAACCUCCCAAAUUGGUACAAAGAACUACGAGAGUACCGGUCAGAGAUCCCUUGUUUGGUGGUGGCUAACAAAAUAGAUGCCGACAUGAAAGUGACUCAAAAGAGUUUCAACUUUGCCAAGAAACAAGGUCUGCCCUUCUACUUUGUGUCUGCUGCUGAUGGGACCAAUGUGGUUAAGGUUUUUAAAGAUGCCAUUCAGAUGGCUUUGUCAUAUAAGAAGAACUCCAACGAUUUCAUGGAUGAAGUCAUGAGGGAGCUGGAGAACUUCGAUUUAGAGGCCAAAGAGGAGUCGUCUGAUAAAGAAGAGGAGACGCCAGAAAGACAAACGGAGUCUGCAUGACCUGAUGUGUACACGCUGUCUGUCUGCUGCUGUACUGAUGUGUUCUUCAGAUCAUGACCGUCAUCUCAUCCUCCUCAGACGCUGCACACCUCUACCUCACAUAUUUGAUAAUGUCUGCUAUUGAUCCUGUUACGGGAAUAAAUUAUGUGUCUGUGAAUGCGGCAUUAUCAGGUAAUUGAUAUGGGAACGGUAUAACGGUGCAACUUUUAACAUUUGACUUGAUACAAAUCGUACAA